AACGCGGGCGUGGCCAACCCCAUCGGCCCCACGGAGUGGAUGGACAUCGAGGACUUCCGGCGGGUCAUGGCCGUCAACGCCUUCGGGGCCAUCGAGGUGACGCUGCAGCUGCUGCCGCUGCUGAAGCGCGCGCGGGGCCGCGUGGUCAACACCUCCAGCGUGCUGGGCCGCAUCUCCGCCAACGGCGGCGGCUACUGCAUCUCCAAGUUCUGCAUCGAGGCCUUCUCCGACAGCCUCAGUUUCCCCUCCCGUCACCUGCAUGUCCCAUUUCCCCCUGCCCCUUUCCCUGCCUCAGUUUCCCUCCCCUCCCCGCAUGUCCCCCUGACCCUGUCCCUGCCUCAGUUUCCCCUCCCCGCAUGUGCCGUCCCCGCUGACCCUGUCCCCCCCCCAGACGUGCGGGUGCAGCGGCUGCUGCUGUCGCUGCUGUGUGACAGGGACCUGGCCAAGGUGACAAACUGCAUGGAGCACGCGCUGCGGGCGCGCCACCCGCGCAGCCGCUACAGCGCCGGCUGGGACGCCAAGCUGCUCUGGCUGCCGGCCUCCUACCUGCCCUCGGCCCUCGUGGACCUGGCCCUGGCCCUCGUCCUGCCCAGGCCGGCCCAGGGCGGCCGCUGAGAGACCCCAGACCCAAUUGAAACCCCCAGACCCGAAUUGAGCACCCCAGGGGGAAUAAAUGCCCUGAACU